AUGGCAAAGUCCAAUCUAGAUCUCGUUCGCGACUUUCCCUACUACGAGGACAACAAUGUCGUUUACUCGGAGAACCUCAAGAAUUACUAUGCAUUCCGAGUCUCCGGGUAUGAUGUGACGCUGGGCUACAUCCUAAACUCUGUGGUGGAAAAGUUCCCCUGGCCCAAAGAUAUCUGGUCCAUCGACUCCGCGGCUCAAACCAUCACCCUGGUCGCGGCUGCAGACGCCGAUCCCGCUCAUCGCAGCGAAUUAAUGGCGCAGAGCAUUGCUGAGGCUGUCAAGGCCGGCUGCUUCGAGGUGCUGAAGGGCUGGCGCAAUGAAAAGUAUCCUGUCUACGGACCUGGCGGUGAAUUCUUGCUUGAGAUGGAGCGCUGCGCUACACCCUUAUUCGGCAUUGUCUCGUACGGCGCCCACAUGACCGGGUAUGUGGAAGACUCCACGGGAUUGAAGUUCUGGGUCCCUCGGCGUGCAAAAACCAAGCAGACGUAUCCUAGUAUGCUGGACAACACUGUUGCCGGCGGCAUGUGCACCGGGGAAAUUCCCUUUGAGUGCAUCGUCCGCGAAGCCAUGGAAGAAGCUUCCCUGCCCGAAGACAUUGUGCGAGCAUCAGUCAAGUCCGUGGGAUGUGUCACGUAUGUGCAUGUGCGCGACUCCCGUGCCGGUGGAGAAAUCGACCUCAUUCAACCAGAGGUCGAAUAUGUCUACGACCUGAAGCUUGACCCUUCGGUCGUGCCCAAGCCCUGCGAUGACGAGGUGGAGGAAUUCAAACUGCUCACUGUGUCGGAAGUCAAAGAAGCUUUGGCGCGUGGAGAGUUCAAGCCCAAUUGUUCUAUUAUCAUGCUUGAUUUCUUCAUCAGACACGGUAUCUUGACGCCCGAGAACGAGCCCGAUUACCUUGAUAUCGUGGCACGCUUGCAUCGCCGUAUGCCGCAUCCUACCGUUACGCAUUGCUAG